AUGAGGUCCUCCUUGUCACACGACGCGAUCCAUUCGUCCAGCGUCGAAGCUUCUGGCAGUGGUGAUGCUGUCAAGUUCCGCCGUUCGUCAAAGACAGGCGUCGGGGAGACCUACAACGAGACCAUCAGCCUGGGUGGGUAUGGAGAGGAGUCUGCUGGAUCCGUGGACUCAGUUUCUCUGGCCAAGGAUGGGACCCAUCGUCGUCUGAAAUCUCGUCACAUUCAACUCAUCGGUAUCGGAGGUACCAUUGGUACUGCGCUUUACGUCUCCAUUGGAAACGGCCUUCUCAAUGGUGGUCCUGCUAGUCUUUUCAUGGCUUUCAGCAUAUGGUGCUCUUUUAUUCUUGCUGUCACCAUCAGCACCGCCGAAAUGGUCACCUACCUUCCUAUCUCAUCUCCCUUCAUUAGAUUCGCCAGUCGCUACAUGGAUGAAGCUAUGGGCUUUGCAGCGGGCUGGAACUUCUUUGUAUUCGAAGCAAUCUUGGUUCCUUUCGAGGUUACUGCUUGUAACGUUGUGAUCCACUACUGGAGUGAUGUUGUGCCAGCUGGUGGCAUUAUUGCUAUUGUUAUUGUUCUUUAUGCCUUGAUCAACGUCCUCACUGUCGAGUGGUAUGGCGAGACCGAAUUUUGGGCAGCUCUCGGCAAGGUCUUGCUUAUUGUUGGCCUCAUCAUCUUCACCUUCAUUGUCAUGUUGGGCGGCAAUCCACUUGGCGAGAGAUUUGGCUUUAGAUAUUGGAACAAUCCUGGGGCCUUCGCACCUCUUUACUAUGGUGGCAAUCUUGGUUACUUCCUCGGCUUCCUCCAAUGCCUCAUUCAGGCUUCCUUCACCAUUGCUGGACCGGAUUAUGUUAGUAUGGCAGCUGGCGAGGCCGAAAACCCACGUGUUGUCAUGCCCAAGGCAUUCAAAGCUGUCUUCUACCGUCUGACCGCUUUCUUUAUGCUCGGCUCUCUCUGCGUCGGCAUCUUGGUUCCAUACAACGACAAGGAACUUAUCGCCGCCACUACCGCCGGUCUUCCAGGUGCAGCAGCCUCACCUUACGUUGUCGCUAUGGACCGUCUUCGCAUCAAGGUCCUUCCUGAUAUCGUCAAUGCUAUGGUUUUGGCAAGCGCCUUUUCAGCUGGCAACAGUUACGUCUAUUGCGCAUCUCGCUCCCUCUACGGCCUCGCUCUUGAAGGCAAGGCACCCAAGUUCCUCACACGCACCACACGCCGAGGUGUUCCGAUCUAUUGCACUCUCGUCGUAUUAUGCAUCGCUCUUCUUGCCUUCCUUCAGGUUAGCGAGAACGCCGCAACCGUGCUCAAGUGGUUCAUCAACCUUGUCACUGCAUCCCAACUCAUCAAUUAUGCAGUCAUGUGCAUGACGUUCAUCUUCUGGAAGCGCGCUUGCGAUGCACAAGGAUUUGACCGUAACAGCCUUCCCUUCAAGGGAUGGGGUCAGCCUUAUCUCGCAUGGUAUGGUUUCGUCGGCUGCGUCGUCAUGGCUCUGAUUGGAGGGUACACUGUCUUCUUGCCUGGUCAGUGGGAUGUCCCGACUUUCAUCUUUAGUUACUUCAUGAUUGGACUGUUCCCUGUCCUGUUCGUGGGAUGGAAGCUGCUCAAGAAGACGAAGUGGACGCCUGCGGUGGAUGUGGAUCUCAGAGGUGAAGUGGAGGAGAUUGAGGAGUACCAGGCCACGUUCGUGCCUUCCUCGUCAAACAACUCUCCCUUCGAGAAGGUCUUGAGCAAGAUUUUCGGCUGA